AUGACACCGUCAGGAGUGAUUUCUGGCGCUCUGGUGCUGCUCCAGAGUCCGCAAGGUUUCGCUCUAUCUGAUCUGCAGAGUGAAGCGGUUGUGGCUUCUGCAGUAAGUGGCGCAAUCGCAGGUGCUGCGCUCAGCGGUAUUGGCAAUGAUAAAUUCGGUCGGCGUCAAGUGAUUUUAGCUUCCUCAGCGCUGUUUACAGUGGGGGCAGGUCUCAUGGCGGUGGCGGGGAGUUUCCUCGAGUUGAUAGCUGGUCGGCUGAUUGUUGGUGUUGGUAUCGGGUGUGCGUCAACGACAAUUCCGCUCUACAUUGCAGAGGCGUCACCACCACAGAUCCGAGGGCGGUUAGUGUCGCUCAAUUCGGCGUUGAUUACAGGUGGUCAGUUCUUUGCCAGUGUGCUGGAUGCGUUGUUGGCCGAUACAGAGGGAGGAUGGAGAUACAUGCUCGGGCUCGCGGUCAUUCCUGCUAUUGUGCAGUUUGCAGGGUUUCUGGCGCUACCGGAGAGUCCACGCCAUCUUGCUAGUAAGGGGAGAGAAGAUGAAGCACGAGCUGCUCUGCGUAAGAUUCGCGGUGAUCAGGAGAUCGACGCGGAGUUGGAGCACAUCAAAGCGGAGCUGCAAGGAUCGAAGCUUGAGGAGUCCAACGUUUGGGAAGAAUUAAGGUCUCCACCUGUGGUGCGGGCUCUAUCACUAGGAUGUUUCCUGCAGUGUUUGCAGCAGCUCUGUGGUAUCAACACAGUCAUGUACUACGGUGCAACAAUUAUUCAAAUGGCCGGAUUUACAGAUCCCACCACAGCUAUCUGGCUAUCUGCACUCGUCUCCUUUAGUAAUUUUAUCUUCACGUUUGUCGGCAUUUAUCUGGUGGAAAGAGCUGGGCGCCGGCUACUUACUCUCGGGAGUUUGGCUGGGGUAUUCUUGACUCUUGUUGCGCUUGGUGGCAGCUUUUUCGUGGCUGAGAUUGAGUCUGUAGAGGCUAAAGGUACGGGGGCGUGUACAGGCAUUUCUACCUGUUUCGACUGCGUGGCGAGUGCUGCUUGUGGCUACUGCUCGAGUAUGGAAGCCAACUUGUGUAUGCCGGGAGAUGCGGCGUCUCCGUCUCUUGGAUUCUGCACGAGUCCUGAGUGGACAUUUGAUUCCUGUCCUAACGACAGCAAUGGAGCGAGUUGGGCCAUUCUUGUCGCACUGUUCACGUAUCUUGCAUUCUUUGCAAGCGGAAUGGGAUGUAUGCCAUGGACGAUCAACGCUGAGAUUUAUCCCCUUCGUGUACGAAGUUUUGCGUUGAGCGUCUCAACGUCUGUGAAUUGGGUGUCCAAUCUGCUCGUGUCAUUUACUUUCCUCUCGACAAUUAACGCGUUGGCACCGUACGGAGCCUUUUGGUUGUAUGCUGUUAUUGCGUUAUUUGGGCUUGCAUACCUUUGGAGAGAAUUACCGGAGACCAAGGUACUCCGCGUUGAGCGACAAGUCGACUAA